UCGACGGUGAACGAGGAUGAAGUGGAAUUCAUAACCCUCCUAUAUCACCAAUUGGCCAUGCGCUAUCCAGAACUCAAAUCUAGUUCUCAAGUAGCUGUUAUAUCACCAUACAGGGGUCAGGUGAAACUCCUGAAGGACCAUUUCCGGUCGACCUUUGGCGACCAAUCAAAGGAAGUUAUAGAUGUAAACAGCGUUGAUGGAUUCCAGGGCCGUGAAAAGGAACUUGUCAUUUUCUCAUGUGUUCGAUGCAAUAAGGAGCAAAAUAUUGGGUUUGUUUCUGAUUUUCGGCGAAUGAAUGUUGCCAUCACCAGAGCUAGAUCUGCUGUACUAGUAAUAGGUUCCGCUUCAACAUUGAAGAAAGAUAAACACUGGACCAACCUUGUUGAGAGUGCCAAAGAGCGAAACCGUUAUUUCAAGGUGCCAAAGCCAUUCACUGCGUUCUUCACCGAGGAUAGUUUCAAAUCCAUGAAGGUGGAAAGACCUGUUCCAGACGCGAGGAUAUCACAGGCAGUAGAAGCCAUCAAUGAAGUGGUUGCAAGGCCAGAAGUGAUGGACGCAGACGAUGCUGGGGACCAUCAAGCGGAUGGAGAUGAUUAUGACGCCAUGGAGGCUGACGAUGGAGGAGGUGGUGAUGAUUAAUUGUUGCCUGCAAUGUAUUGCUGGAGGGGGAGCUUUAUCAGAGGCCAGGUACAUAACAUAGAAGAGCAAAAAGCUUUGCAAGUUAGAAAUUCUGCUAUCCUUAGCAAAUUUUAGGGGGAAGAGGCUGGUGCAUGCCUGCCUUGCCCGACGAAUCAUCUACACGGACUCCAUUCAUACAUUAUGGA